CGAGUCCACGAUUUGAGUGCAAUUAGAUGAUGGGCAUGGCUCCACGAGAGUGGGUUCCUAAUGCUGCAAUUUUUCCCAAUUCAUGAGCUCUGGUUGGAGUGAACCCUCCGAUUUAUCAGUCUUGAGAACAGGUUAUUGGGAAGCAUGAUACAAAUUCAGAUUACGGGGAAAUAUGAGCGAAGUUCGAUCUUAAAUAUUUUGACUAUCUUUAGGAAGUGCCAUUGAGAAGUCUAGGUAAUAAGAAAUUGUGGUAAUGUAGAAUCGUGUGCUAAAAGCAGGAUGGCAGUGUGUGAAGCAUGGCAACUAGGCUUCAUAGAUGCCGAUGUGUGAAACGUGGCAACUUUUAUAAAUGAUAUUGCAGGUAAUUUAUCCUACAUAGUCUCGGGGAGAAAGUUAUACUUUGCCUCCCUUACUUGAGGAGGCUUUUUUUUAAUCCAAUGACUUCGAGAAAACACAUACCAUCAGCACAUGAAGGACGUUCUGUACCAGGUCCUGCUUUCAUUCAUCAUGGUGCAUUGCCUGCUGGCCAUCGUCCGAUGGAACCACUUCCUCCUCCUGAGCUUUUAGAUAGUAGAUUGGCUGUUCAGGCAGCGGAAAUUGAGCAGCUUGCUGUGGAUAAUCAUAGGUUGGCAGCCUCCCAUGGGGCUUUGAGGCAGGAUCUUGUUGCUGCUCAGCAAGAAAUGCAGAAGCUUGCAGAUCAUAUUAGAAGCAUGCAGACUGAGAGUGAUAUCCAGAUUCGUGUAUUAUUGGAAAAGAUAGCAAAAAUGGAAGUUGACAUCAGAGCUGGUGAGAGUGUAAAGAAGGACUUGCAGCAAGCACAUUCUGAGGCACGGAGCCUGGCAUUAGCUAGAAAAGAGCUGACUGCUCAAAUACAAAAGGCCAGUCAGGAGCUGGAGAAAGCCCGUGCUGAUGUCAAAAAAUUACCGGAAAUGAAUACUGAACUCGAUAGUUUAAGGAAAGAACAUCAAAGGUUACGAAUGACAUUUGAGUACGAAAAAGGUUUAAACAUAGCAAAAGUGGAAAAAAUGCGAAUCAUGGAGAAGGAAAUGGUGGGCAUGCAUGGAGAACUGGAAAGAUUGCGUGCCGAGGUGUUCAGUGUCGAGAAGAGAGCACAUGCUCCCUACACGUAUGGUGGACCCAACAUCAAUCCACAUACAUUCUACCCACCUGCUGUACAUGGUAGUGGUGGAUAUGUUGAUAAUUAUGGAAGACCUGCUGUUCCGAUGGGUGCUGGGCCUAUAUCCCCGGGAAUGAUCCCGUAUGGUGGUUCCAUCACUGCAGGUGCUCCUGAUGGAGUUGGAGCUGUAGCAGGAGCUGUUACUGGUGCUGCUGGGAAUCCUUCAUGGACGGGAACAUAUGAUGCCUCGCAUGCUCGGAGGUGAAUGUAUCAGCCAAAACUGGAUCCUGGGGUCCCUUCGUAUGCAACUUAGUAGAAUCUUGUGUUGAUGAUUUACCAAAUACUAGCUUGUAGGCUUGUACUCGUUAGCUCUGAGAAUUCCUUGUAAGUUAUCGUAACCUGUUUCAUGGCUUUAGCCAAAUUUUACUACAAGAAUUGUAGCAUGUUGUUAGCUUCUGUAUAAUAUAGCUUUCCUCUU